CGCGGCUCAGUCGGUUUUCUCCGGCGUGUCGAGGAACCGUUCCCGCCCAUUGCGCAGCCCGGACCGGAGCGCGCCGCUCGCGAGUCAUGGCGACCAAGGCCGUGUGCGUGCUGAAGGGCGACGGCCCGGUGGAGGGCACGAUCCACUUCGAGCAGAAGGGCUCAGGGCCUGUGAUGGUGAAGGGACGCAUCACAGGACUGACCGAAGGCCGCCACGGGUUCCAUGUCCACCAGUUUGGAGAUAACACACAAGGCUGUACCAGUGCAGGCCCUCACUUCAACCCUCUGGCCAAAAAACACGGGGGGCCAAAGGAUGAAGAGAGGCAUGUGGGCGACCUGGGCAACGUGACUGCAGGCAGCAAUGGCGUGGCCGACGUGCUCAUCGAGGAUUCUGUGAUCUCACUGUCGGGGGAGAUGUCUGUCAUCGGCCGCACACUGGUGGUGCACGAGAAAGAAGACGACUUGGGCAAAGGUGGAAAUGAUGAAAGUACGAAGACUGGAAACGCCGGGAGCCGCCUGGCCUGUGGCGUGAUCGGGAUCGCCGCAUGAGCAUUCCUGCCGCGCGCUCUGCGCCCCAGCAGCUCGCUCAUCUGUUAGCCUGCUAGUUGUAGAAAUGCAGCUUGAUGAACAUUAAACACUGUAAUCUUCAA